AUGUCCCUCACCUCCAAAGACCAACCCCCCAGUCUCCCCCUACACGAACCCCCCACCCCAACACCCACAACCCCUUCCUCCCAACCCCCCCGUGCCCACCACACCCUCCGCACCGAAGCCGCCGCCUUCCUCGGCGAAUUCAUCGGCACCUUCAUGUUCCUCUCCCUCGCCUUCACCGGCACCCAAAUCGCCCUAAACGCCACAGGCAGCAAAGAGCCGUCCAGCAGCGACUUGCCGCUUCCCGACCUGACAAAGCUACUCUACAUAUCCCUUGCCUUUGGCGCCUCUCUCGCCAUCAACGUCGCCAUCUUCGCCGAUAUUAGCGGCGGGAAAUUCAAUCCAGCAGUAACAACUGCACUCUACCUCACGCGUAAAAUCCACUGGCACCGCGCUGCACAAACCAUCUUCUCUCAACUUGUGGCCUCCAUCGCUGCCUCGGCCUUCAUCUCCGGCCUUGUCCCCGGUCCCCUGACAAUCGGCACUACGCUCUCCGCCGACAUGUCCGUCACGCGCGGCAUGUUCCUCGAGGCAUUGGUUACGUCGCAACUCGUUCUUACCAUCUUGAUGCUUGAGGGGGGCGCGGCGAAACCAAUGUAUAUUGGUGGGGCGCUGUUUGUGGGCCAUGUGUGUAGUGUGUAUUAUACGGGGGCGAGUUUGAAUCCGGCGAGGAGCUUUGGAGCGGCGGUGGUGGUGGGGUUUACGGGGUAUCAUUGGAUUUAUUGGGUGGGGCCGUUGCUUGGGGCUGGGGUGGCGAGUGCGGUGUAUGGUGGGGUGGGGUGGUUGAGGAGGGAGAGGGUGGUUGUUGUGUAA